GUCAAGUUUCAUUCGAAGUAAACAAAUUGCCUUGCCUAACUUUCCCAGCUUCACCUUUUUUUCCCCCCUCACAACAUAACACAUUUCCUAAUGAUUCCUCGAAUUCGCAAGAUUACCUCUUCAAAGCUAUUGAUAUAGCCGCCGCUAUUAUGGCCUCUGAUACAUCAAGUAGGCCUCCAACCGAGAACGGCGGUUCUCGACCUCCAACCUCACGAUUCGUUGAGGGAUCAAUGAACGACCGAGUCAGCGCUACACCGCCGCCGCAGUUUCUCGGUCCGGAGCAAUUGAAGGCUUUCGAGAAGCAAUUCUACAAGGACUACCCAUAUACCUCGCAGCAGCCACAAGAGACCCGCGGCAAACGCCGAGAGCGCCCAUUCUCUGAGAGUAUCGUAACACAGCAGACUGGAAAUCCGCAAGACCAUAUUAUCACCCAUAGGAAAUCGACUAGCUUCUUCAAUCGUGUCCGUGACGCAUUGGGGUGGAACCUUUCUUCUCGUAGCAAUGGUGGUGGAAAGCAAGACGUCUCUAAGAAGCAUAGUAGCCUGCAGGAACCACCGUUGUCUCCUCGAUCUGAUCAUCUUCGAGCUGCUAAAUCCCACUCUGAGAUGUACAACCUCCCGCAAUUAUCUAAUUUGGGUGUUAAUGGUACCGGUCCCGGUGCUAUUCGCCCGUCUCGAGAGGAUGUUCUACAAUCGUACAACGAAUUGAUGGCAACGGGCUUCUUCCAAUCCCACGCUAUACAAUCAACACGCCAUGCUGGACCGGCAGGCCACAGUAACGAUCGUCGUGCUGCACCUCCAAUGCCCCCGCCUAUGCCUUCAAUCCCAGGCUCUGCGCCUUGCUCGCCUCAGCCCCCGCCGCGCGUAUCAUCUAUGGACGCCGCUACCUCGGGCCCCAAUUCGCCACUGAGUCCAACUAAGGCAGGCCACCGAGUACGAAAAGUCGAAAAGUCGGAGUCGGAGCCAGAGGCGGAAGAAAUGCCUGUACUAAUGCCUGUGACGAACGAUAAGAUUUCUCGCGAGGCUCGCUUUGGAUCUCUCCGAGGCCGCAAGCGCAACCGAACGGAUACUGAAGAUGCAAGUGCAAAUGUUGAAGCAACAGCACCUGGAGCAUCUACGUCGUCUUCUUUCGCCCAGCCACUUAAGAGAGUGGCGAAGAAACUACGUAAGAUGCCCUCUUCGAAUCGGGAUUCCCAGAUUGCAGAUGGCGUUGUGGGCCUCCCGCCCUCGACCUCUGUUGGUGGUACAGUCUACCUUAAGGAAAGGGCUGUGCGCAUGCGCUCGCCAUCCCCACCUGCUCCCGCACCUGAGGUCAGUACAAGGCGACCUGAGCGUCGUCGCCGCCGCCCGGAAUUUCCAAAUCAGAACCAAGAGCACCAGCAGUUGCCGUCUCGCCGAACAUUUUCGACUAGUAGUCGAGUAGGUGAAGGCGGUAAACUGCGUAAGCGUGGCAAGUCGGCAUCUCUACGAUCGCGAUCCGCAUCAGGAGGAGGAGGGUUAGAUCCGUGGGAGAUGGAUAGCGAGCGUGGAUCUAUGGAUGGUAUUCAUCAAGAUGCAACGGCAACUACGGGCCCCUCUGACCCGGCUCCGGCACGUUCGAGGGAAGUUACACCCCUCAGUGUUGUACCCGACGCUAAUCGUGGUAUCCCCUCGGUUCCGCGAAUCCCGGAUCAGUACCACUACCACAAACCACGCAUCCAGCCUCGUCAGAAACGCCGCUAUAACGAAAACAUCUACGUAUAUGAUGAUCAGAACGAGAACGCCCAGGCAGCGGAAGGACAUUUUGGAGAGGCGCUAUAGGGGUAGUUCCUCUUUUGGCGACCGGACGGGCGACAGAUAUGGAGAAGAAACGACGACAGUAGUGGCGAUAGCAACAGUUGACGACUUUCUGAUUUCAUUCUGUCAUGGUAACGACCGGCACGAGUAAGACAAGAAACCGAAGAAAAAAAAGCAUGGCGUUUUUGUUUCUAUUCUCUUUUCUAUUCCGGAUGGAUGCGGACGGAUGGAUACCAAUUUGCUUUCAUUUCUACGCUCUUCUCAUGAUGAAAUGCUCUCAUGAUUACGAAGGGAAACUGUUUUAUGAACUUACGACUUCCUCUUUUUCCUCCCCUAUUUCUCAUAUCUACUGCCAUUAACCAGAGGCUGGAGAAUCUUUGAGAAGGGGAUUGAAAAGAUAUACCUUUUUUCGCAUACGAAUUAUACCUACCGGCAAGGAAAUAUCCAUAUCAGAACCUGCUUUUGUUUCUAAGGCGACAGGCGUAUGAAGGGAGAAUUGGCAUCAGCUACUUGGUAUAGUAUCUUUGCUUUGCUAUUACUUCCCGGACUGGCUUUUUAGGUAGCCUAACCUCCUUUUUUUGGUACGAAAUUCAAUCGACGCGUGGAAUGGGAUUCCCGCUUGUAAUUAUAAUAGGAUAAGGGUCGCUACGGUUUUUUACGUUCGAGGCACGGUUUAAGGAGGGCUUAUGAUAACGGAAUGAAACCGAUCAGUUUAGAUCAGAAAUAUAACAUACC